AUAAGCAAGACUUUGUGUAUAUUUUGUAAUGUGACAAAAAUCAAAUAUCCAUUCCGAAAGUUGUGCAUUUGCAUUCAUGAAUUUCUUGUAAUUUGGUAAUUUAGUUGUUCGAGAGCAGCGAGCGAAUGGUGAAAUCCACUUUGUCGAUUAUAGUAGUCACGUUAUGUCCUUUUUUUCAUGUUAAGUCGCACAUCAGCUUCCUGACACAUACUUUGCGCCUAUAAUGCAUUGAUAUAAAAAGAAAGCAAUACAACGGUUAGGUACACAUUUUCGAUCAAAAUGCUUUAACAGAUUAAACAGGCGCAUCAACUUUUUUGCUAUUACGCACAGGUAUAAGUUCAAAAUACAACAAUGGAAUUUUUAGCAUCCUUAAAAUGUUCUCGUAUAGCCCAUCUUAUGUUUGCCAUUACCUUCUUUACGUCUGGCUUAAUAAUAAAUUUCUUCCAAUGUAUAUUAUAUUUUGGAUUGAAACCUUUUUCAAAAUAUUUAUACCGAAAACUAAAUUAUUAUCUUUGCUAUUCGUUCUACAGUCAAUUGGUAUUUAUGGCAGAAUGGUGGUCAGGAACAGAUAUUAUAAUGUAUAUUGAUAAAAAAGAUUUUGAUAAGUAUUAUGGAAACGAACAUGGUUACCUUAUAAUGAAUCACAGUUAUGAAAUUGAUUGGUUGAUCGGUUGGAUAUUUUGCGAGCGAAUUUGUAUGCUUGGAAAUUGUAAAGCUUAUGCCAAAAAAUCUAUUAAGUACAUUCCCACUCUUGGCUGGGCAUGGCGAUUUGCUGAAAGCAUUUUCUUAGAACGGAGUUGGGACAAAGAUAAAGAAAUUAUUAGUCUGCAAAUUAGAGAAUUAACCGAUUAUCCGGACACUAUGUGGCUCUUACUUUAUGCAGAAGGCACACGUUUCACACCCGAAAAAGCUGAAGCUAGUCAACAGUUUGCUAAAGAAAGGGGCUUACCAAUAUUAAAACAUCAUUUGACACCUCGAACAAGAGGAUUUACAGCCAGUAUUCCAAAUUUAAGAGGCAAAGUUGGAGCAAUAUAUAAUAUUCAAUUAGCUUUUAAGCCAUCCGAUCCUAUUAAACCUACCAUGACAAAUCUUUUGCUUGGAAAGAAGGUUGUAGCACACAUGUACAUAAAUAGAAUACCUCUUGAUACAGUACCGGAAGGCGACGAAGCUGCAGCACAAUGGUUACAUGAACUUUAUCAAGUUAAGGAUCAAAUGGCAGAGAGUUUCAUUCAAACUGGAGACUUUUUCGAAACAAGUGGUGUGCCUAGAACAGAUUCAUUUACAUUAAAACGACGAGUUUGGUCUCUUAUUAAUACUACGUUUUGGGCGAUUGUUGUUCUUGUACCAAUGCUGUAUUAUCUUAUUAAAUUAUUUUUGUCAGGUUCGACAAUGUACUUUUCUAUAGGAGUUGGAAUUAUAGUUUUAUUUUUCUUAUUAAUGUAUAAAACUAUUGGAAUGUCUGAAAUAAGUAAGAGUUCUUCAUACGGAGCUGCAGAUAUAAAAAAAGUAAAAUAAGAAAAAUCCACUCGUUUCUUAGAAUUGUGCAAAAUAAAUUACAUGCGAAAGUGAUUUUUUUUUAUUACUUCAAGUGCUAGUGA